UGGGUAUGUGAAAAAAAAAAAUAUUCUCCCUGCAAAAAGAAAUUAUCCCAGAAAUAUUUGACUUAUUGGGCUUUUUACGGCCAAGUUCGGGCUAGUUCAGGACCAUUGACUGGCCUAUUUAAAUGGCUAUUCACAAGCUUCCAGAUUUCACAUCCCCUUUUCAGCCCCACAAAUGAAUCGGCUCCGCCCUCGCCACCCAGCUGCACCACCACUCCUCCGCCUCAAACUUCCUCAAUCCGUCCACGACUGCCACACCUGUCAAACCCCAACCCACCCUUCUCUCCCCCUGUCUGACCCGUCAUUCAAAUCCAAAAUUGUAGAACUCAUCACAAACCAACACUGGUCGGAGCUUAAACCCCUGCUAAAACCCACAACUCCAUCCAAUUUUCUCCAACAAUUAUUCGACCACAACUUCCCUUCAGAUUCCAUUCUCACCUUCUUUAGAUGGUCCCAACAUGGUUUCCAGGUUUCCCAUUCUUUACAACAUUUAUGCAAGUUAAUAGCUUUACUAGCAAAUGAUAACAAAUACCCAAAAAUCCGAUCUUUAUUGCAUUUUUCUGUUAAAAAAACACCACCUUUUUCGGUUUCUUCGUUUUUUCACACACUAGUGACUUGUGGUGAUGAUUUUUGUGCUAAUUCUAUUAUUACUGAUAUGCUGAUACUGGCUUUAGUGAAUAAUAAAAAAUUGGAUUUAGCUGUAGAUGGUUUUAGGAGGGCUGGAGAUUACGGGUUUAAGUUAUCUGUGAUUUCGUGUAAUCCAAUGUUAGGAGAGUUGGUGAAGAAUGGAAAAGUUGGAACUAUGGAGUUUGUGUUUAGGCAGAUAACUAAGAGGAGAGUUGAUGUUAAUUUGAUUACUUUUAAUGUGGUGAUCAAUGGUUUUUGUAAGGCUGGAAAGUUGAAUAAGGCAGGUGAUGUUGUGGAGGAUAUGAAGGUCCUGGGGAUUAUGCCUAAUGUGGUUACUUAUAAUACUUUGAUUGAUGGAUUUUGUAAGAAAGGUGGGGCUGGUAAAAUGUAUAAAGCUGACGCACUUUUGAAGGAGAUGGUGGAGAAGGGCGUAUGCCCAAACAAAAUUACAUAUAAUGUGCUGAUUGAUGGGUUCUGUAAGGCUGAUAAUGUGGUUGCUGCAUUAAAGCUUUUUAAAGAGAUGAAAGAGCAACAGAUAACACCAAGCAUAUCAACUUAUAAUUCGUUGAUUAAUGGCCUUUGUGGUGAAGGGAAAAUUGAUGAAGCUCUUGGUCUGCGAGAUGAAAUGGUUGGAUUAGGUUUUGAGCCAAAUAUAAGGACUUAUAAUGUAAUCCUAAAUGGAUUUUGUAAGAAUAAAAUGCUAGAGGAAGCUAAAGAGAUGUUUGAUGAUAUCGUGAAGAAAGGCGUCGAAGUCAAUGCAUUGACUUUUAAUACUUUAAUUGAUGCUUAUUGUAAAGCUGGAAACAUGAAUAAAGGUAUAGCACUUCAUCAAUCAAUGUUGACUCAAAAGGUGUGCCCUAGUGUUGCCACAUACAAUUGCCUUAUCGGUGGUUAUUUUCAAGAGGGUAACUUAGGAGCAGCUAACAAGCUUUUGGAGGAAAUGGAGGAGAAGGGUUUGACAGCUGAUCUUGUCACCUACAACAUUCGUAUAGAUGAACUAUGCAAGAGAGGAGAAUCUAGAAAAGCAGUUAGACUUCUAGAUGAGAUCUUUGAGAAGGGCCUAAUUCCUAGCCAUAUUACUUAUAAUACGUUGAUGGCUGGCUAUUGUCGAGAAGGAAAUCCUACUGCAGCUUUGGUAGUGAGGAGACGAAUGGAAAAGGAAGGUAAGCAUCCUAAUGUGGUAUCAUACAAUGUGUUGAUUAAGGGAUUCUGCGAGAAAGGUAAGUUGGAGGAAGCAAAUUCCUAUCUUAAUGAGAUGUUGGAGAAAGGAUUGGUCCCAAGUAGGACGACAUAUGAAAUUAUUAGGGAGGAAAUGAUGGAGAAGGGGUUUGUCCCUGACAUAGAUGGGCAUCUCUAUACUGAUUCUGUUAGUGUUUAGCCUUAUAAGCAAAACUUAUUGUGGUCUUGUAGUGGCUAAGGUUUUACUGUACUGUCAUGUGGAUGAAAGAGAUGAAGCCUGAAGGGUUGUAAAGUUUUGGUUUGCCAUCUUUCCCUAAUGUCAGUGUCUGUCUAAUGCUGGUUGUAAUGCAUUUGUUGGCUCAACUUUUGCUCAAAAUUGCUGAGGUGCUCAAGGCCAGAAAUGAAAUUACAGUGUUAUCUUUUAAGCUGUAACUCCCGUCUUAAUCAGAUUGAAUCUGCAAGAGGCAGAGGAAAUUCAUUUAUAUCCACAGUGAAGCUUUGUGCAAUAAGUGGAGGAACUAGGCAAGUCAUGAAGAUCUUGAACAUUGUCUCAUGUAGGGAAACCUAGACUUCCUCCAAUACAUACCCUGUUGCUUUUUCAUGUUCAAAACUUGACAAAAUCAAGCGUGAUUCUAGUAAUUCUUCAAAAUGCUAUCAAGCAGGAUUUUCAGGAGCAAGAAGAUAAGAAAAACCAAUUUCUUGGACGACUAUGCGAGUGUGCAGCAGAGGUUUGCUGUAAUGAUUUUACCUUGUUAUCGUGCUUGUAUUCUGCAAAUUUUAAAGCAAAGGAGUGCUUCGCUCUUGCUGCAUGAUGGGCUGCCUAAUUCUAAAGAAACACGUCUAUCCUUGUCAAGACCAAUUCUUUACUGAGCACCAUUCAUUGUUGCCUCUGGGGGUGAAGAGCUUGGCUGAUGGGAAAUUCAUCCGACCAAAUUACAAAGUGGGGUUGGCCGGAGCCAAUUAUUUACACCCGUAGCAAAGUUAAACACUCAUUGCGUUGAUGUGUACCUGGAUUUGGCCAUCAUGAGGGGACCAGUGUCUCCAUUGUGCUUGCUUUGUAUUUGGAAGAUCAGAAAAAGCAAUGCGCCAUGAGUAUAAUAUGCUGUUAUGAAAAUCAUCAUCGUCGCUGACUCUGUUACUUGUUAGUGUCGAGGAUUUUAAUUA